AUGACUGGAUCCACCACUUUUCUCUUCGUUCCUGGCGCAUGGCAUAGCCCUGACUGCUUUGAUCAAGUGGUGCAACGCCUUGAAGCAGUAAACUACAAAACCGACAAAGUCUAUUUGCCCUCAGUCGGUCCUACCGAGCACUACUUGAGCUUUGAUACAGACGUUGCACAAAUUCGCACUCAAAUCGAACAAGCAGCGGAUGCCGGGCAAGAAGUCGUCGUUAUUGUUCACUCUUACGGUGGCUUGCCUGCAAACGAGGCAAUCAAAGACCUCGACAUCAAAACACGCCAGCAGAAUGGUCUGGUUGGGGGUGUCACGCACCCGUUCUUCUGCGCCUCCUUCGUCAUCAAGGAAGGAGAUUCACUAAUUGGCGCGUUCAGUGGAAAUGACCUGCCAUGGUUUAUUGUCAGCGACGACAAGCUACAAGUCAAUCCUGCCAAUCCAGAAAAAAUACUCUACCACGAAUGUGAUGUGGUCCAGAUUAAGUCUUCCAUUGAAGCCCUGAAGCCUCACAGUUACCAGACCUUUCACAGUAUUUGCACCUAUGCUGCGUGGAAAUAUGUACCAAGUACCUAUUUGUACUGUACUGAAGAUGCUGCUAUUCAUCUGGCUGUCCAAAAGGCAAUGGUUGAAGGAACAGCGAAGGGAACUGGAAUGAAGACAGAGUCAGUGGACGCAUCGCACAGCCCCUUUAUCAGUAAGCCUGAUGAAGUCACUGCGGCGAUUCGGCGGGCUGCUGGAGAGGUUGUUUGA